AUGUCUUCAAACGACAACACCCAAAAGGCCAACUCUGGCAAUGUCACCGACCAGGUGACCGGCACCGCGCAAUUCGCCACAAGCGUCCUGGGCAACACAGUCGGCGGCCUGGGCCGCACUGUUGGAGGAGUCGCCGGCGCGGCAACCCGGGGCGUCGGAGACACAGUGUCGAGCGUCACCGGCGAUGCUGGCCGGCCUGUGGGAGAUGCCGUGGGCUCGAUUGGGACGGGGCUCGAGGGCGGACUGAACAGUGUCUCUAAGGGGGUGGAGGAUGCCGGGCAGUGGAAGAAGCAGUAA